ACACCACAGCAGAAGAAGCCCGAGCAGCUGUUAGCUUGUGCCUACGUCAAACACAACAACAAUGGACUUUUGUGACUUUUUACGUGUUUUUUGAAGAUCGAUGCGCCUGGAUUCGGAUUAACACUAAUGGUUGACGAUUGUACAGCGUUAUACUUUCAUUUUUGUGCAGGGUAAGUGCAGAGGGAGGUGAUGGACUUCCAGAGCACGCGGCGAAGAGGAGAGGAUGGGAUCGCCGUGGUCAUAAACUUCCUGCUCUCCAAUGCUCGGCUGGUUCUGGGCGUUGGAGGGGCGGCCAUCUUGGGGAUUGCUACACUGGCAGUAAAACGGCUAAUUGAGCGUGCGAGCCGGGCUGCUGAGGAGGAGAAGGUGGAGCAGAAGAUGGCUGAGAGCUGGGAGGAGAUCAGUCGAGUGUCUGCCUCUCCCACUCUGCUUAAAAGGGGCAUCAAGGGCGUUGUGCUGCAGCAGGCCUCCACAGCAACUAAACAACAGAAAGCGGACUUGUGCCAGCAGUCUCCAGUCUCCAGCCUGGAGGGACAGGGCGGAGUGGAGCCCAAGUCCAAAAGGCUGCAGCUCUGUGUGCUCACUCUGCAGGACCGUCUGCAGCAGUUCUACCACAGCCGGGCUGCUCUCAGCCCAAAGGAGGUGCAGAGGGCAGAGGCUCUGGCUCUGGACAUCUGCACUGAGAUCCAGGGCUUCCUCCGAUGCAGACACCCGGACAUGCCCCUGGGAGAGAUGAACCUGGGGGGGUCGCUCCUGGAUGACCUGCAGGUGGUGAGUGCAGACCACGCCUGUCUCCUGGUUCCUCUCCAGUUAGAGUCCUCGCUGUGGCGUCUUGUCCCUGGGGAGGAGACUCUUAUCACACACCCUCUGCACUGGAUGGUUCGGAGGGUCAACCUGGAGUAUUUCCCCAGAGGACGGAGCUACUGGGACAGGCAUCUGGUGGGUGGGUACCUGUCGUCAGAGGCCGUGGUGAGCAUGUUCAGUAAGACAGUGAUGGAGACGAUGAACUGGCCCUCCAUCAGCAGCACCAUGGACUGUGUGGUCAGACCCAUGCUUGGAGGACACGACCUCAGGCUGGAGAUUCAAAUUUCAAGUGCCACAGGAGGCGAUGCCAGUAUGGAUUCUGGCCUCAUCAUCACCAUGCUGCCAGUGUUGAGGGAGGGUGACGUGGCGCUGACUGCCCAGCCUGAGCUCACCUCUCCCUGGGGUAACGCCUGGCACCUGUCCCUUUACCCCUGGGAGACUCAGCGGCUGGCCCAGCUCGACACGGUGGACGAUGGCUGUCGCAGACUCUUACUCAAAAUCCUAAAGUCUAUAUGCAGACUAAACCCCGCCCUCCGCCCACUCAAAGCUGCCCCACUGGCCAAUCUCAUCCUCCACCUCAGCGAUAGUGAGAGCGACUGGUCGGAAAGUAGUCUGGAGGUACGGUUUCAGCAGUGCAUCACCGAGCUGAUUGGUUACCUGGAGCAAGGGGCGUUGCACAGUUAUUUCAAACCAGCGGUUAAUCUGUUAAGUGGGCUGUCUGAGGAUCAGGUGGACCAGAUGGGCUUUAUGCUCUACUGUGCCGUGUCUGAGUCAGAAAUUCUGCUCAUGUAAUUUGGUUGUAAUUAUUUAUCCUAUAGGGCUGCACAAUAUUAUUAAAAAUACAAUUUAGACGAAUGACAAAUAAUUAUUUUUUUUUCUUUUGCAAAGUUAGAAAGUCAGAGCAGAGGUGAAUAUAUGGGACAGUUUUAAUUUAUAAAACUAACAAAAAAAAAAUUCUUAUGGUUUUGAUAUUUUAUUAGAUGUCUUCAACAUAAAAAAUGUAUUAUUUUGUGUUUUUUUCAGCUGGUCAAGGUAUGUCUGACUCCCUGACCUCUAUCAUGGCCAAUGGUUGACAAAUCUGAUUAGGAAAACACAUUAUAUAAACAAGUGGUGCUUAUAAAAGGAUUUCACUGUAUGAAACCAAAUAUAGGAGGGUUCACAAAUUUUAGAAAACUACUCAUGCGAGAAGUCAGAGGGAUUCUUUUAAUAAAAAAGGCUAUUUUGUAGAAGUGAUUUAGCACAAUUUUUUAGCGCAAGUACUCAUUGGUACUUUCUGGUACAUUGUUUAAUUCAUACUAUUGUGCAGCCCUACUUCAGUGUCCACCCAGCCUGGUAGAAACCAUAUUUCCAGCUGCUUGCUGCUCCCUUCUUUCAAUGAAAGAAACUUGGCAUAAGAAGUCUUUACUCUACAGUAAAGACUAAAAGCUGUUUUCUCAGUAAGUCCAGCUUGCCAAACUCUUCAUGGACUUUUCAUAACUACCUUCAACUUUGCUUGUGAAGUUGUGCUGAAUUUCAUACGUUUUAGUAUCUGGAACCAUAGUGCUAAAGAUGAUCAUUACUUAUUAAGAUAAUGUAACUAUGCCUUAUUUUUAAGCUUUGCACUACUCAUACUCAGUCUGUUCAUUUCUGUAUGUGCAAAAAACAGUAUUGUUUUCUAUGUAGAUUAUUGUUUAACCCCUGCCUUAUAUUUUUGCUUUUAAACUGAUUCUGUUUUGGAGAGAACAUUUGUUUUGAUUUGAACGGGAAAUUGCAAUAAAUAUUGAGUUUGAUUC